AGUCAAGUACCUUUCCAUUGAACCCUAUAUUGGCCGAUUAAUUUUUGGUAUUUUUCGCUGCAAAAAUAUAUUAAGAUUUGUGCACGCAAUUUUACAAAUAAUUGGCAUUGGUAGGGUCAUUUGGCCAAAAACAACAUUUUGCUGGGCAACGCCGGUGGAUUGUUUACAACUCGUAAUGUCAAAUGCCUGCUGGGUAGCAGUAUGCCGUUUAGUAUGCAGUUUAAAAAUUUUUCUGGUCAAAAGUUAUUGCUUUGUUCACCCACCGAUGAGCGCCAAAUUCUAUGUUGAGUGAAAAACGUAUACCAGCAUUUCCUUUCAUAAACGAGACACCACAUCAAGAAAUAGAAGAUGAAUCAAUUAUGGAAACAAUAAAAUACGCAUGUGAAAAUUGUGAUGAUGCAAAUAUCAAAUAUUCAAUUUCUCGAAAUUUCUUUAAUUUGCAAAAACCAAACCUGAAUAAGGAGAUACAAACCAACGCUCAGUAUAUCGUUUUCCAAGUAUUUUUUUCAUGUAAGCAACACACAUACAAAUGAAGGCACGCACAUCAAUGAUCGAUAUUAGGAAAUUUGUCAAAUUAAAAAAAAUUUUCUCAGCUGUUCCCAUGAACAUGUCUUUAAUUUUUGUACCAUGAAUAAUUGGUUUUAAUUUUAUAUUGCCAUUCACAAUAGAGGAUUUCUGCGGAUGGCCACACUUAUUUGUGAUAAACAUAUCAUGGCAAUCCUGAUAAAUCAAAUAACAAAUAGAAAAAAGGAACAAUUGAAACCAAUAAAACAAACAUGAUGCCGACAACGAUGUUUAGUGUUGCCACUAAUUUCUUUACUAUUGUCCUCACUAUGAACAGAGUAUUACUUUUUCGCCUUUUUUCCUCCAGCGUUUCGCCGACAUUUUUUGUUGAGUUUGACAGCAUUCCGCCUAAAAAGCUGAACAGAAUACUCCUGGAUAGAUGAAAUUUGCAUACAAAUUUCAUUACACUGUCCUAUAUAUAGUGCUAAAAUAAAACACAGCUACAAUAAGCAAUCCCUAUGAUGUGCUAUGUAAAGUGCCCAUUAAGUAGUAAAAGUCGACUUCGACAAGACUUACUGCCUGUUUCACUAAGCUUAUUGCUUCCACUCACUCGCACACUAUCAGUCAAACAGCUGAUUUGGGUUCCAAUAAGAAGCAGAAAAACGACUAAUCGGGUGAGUGACAACGUGCAAGAAGACGUAAGCAAAUUGCUUUAUAAUUGCGUUUCACUAUGCGUGUGCUAGUGUCAAUUCGAAGAAGACAAGUGUCAAAAACACUCACUUGCAUUUUAGCCUUCGCGCGCUAAAUUAUUAAAAAACGGAAAAGAAAAUCGUAAAAAAAUCUACACCCCAGCAGCUACAAGAGCUGGUCAAAGCCAUGAUGGAGGAUUCGGAUUUGGCCAAGGGUAUUCCAGUAUUUGGAGGGUCCAAAUAUACAGUGGAUGAGAAGUGGAAAACCAUUACCACAAAAUUAAACAUGCAUGGCCCUCCUAUGCGUACCACAGCCGAGUGGAGAAAGACUUGGGCGGACUUAAAAUCGCGCACCAAAAAGAAACUGAUGGAUAAUAAAAAGAGCUUGGAAGCUACAGGUGGUGGCGAAUAUGCUUUCUGUGCCCUAACAGAAUUGGAGGAGAUGGUAGACCGUGCUAUAUCAGCCACUAGAUCUGCGGUUCCGACCGGUGCUAAGUACGGCUUUUGUUCUCAACAACCCAUAAUAUACUGCCAACCAUAAUAUACUACCCAAAAAAUAUACUGCCACCGAAAUAUACAUUUUUUUAUUUAAAUACGA